AUGGACGGAGAGUCGCCAGAGCCUUUUGAAAGAGGCAUCUUCGAGUCCGAGACGGUCAGGUUCAUCGUCGGACGCGACCAAGUUGUCUUCAGCAUUCACUCCCAAAUUCUACGUGAUGAUUCCGAAUACUACAAACAUCUCCCCGACCCUCUUCCUGACCAGGAACUCCCCAAUGAGGACCCAGAGACUUUCCACGUACUACUCAACUGGUUGUAUCGAAAAACGCUGUCGCCGCUCUACGUCGAGCCCGGCGAUACCCUCCCAUUUCAGCUGUAUACCCUCGCCGAACGCCUAGAGAUGAGUGUGCUGCUAUCAGAAAUCGAACAAUAUCUACUCAGUUCUCCAUGGAUAAGUCCUGAAACUUGGUGCCACCCCGCGGCCAUUCGUCACGUCUAUGAGAAUUCCGCCCCGGGGUCCAAGGCGCGAAAAUUCAUACUCGAAUGGGGAUGGCCAGACUGUCACUGCCACUCGUACUCUGGAACACCAGACUGCUUCAGCUUUCUGAGUCAGACAUUUGACAUUCCCUUGGAUUAUAUAAAGGAUAUCAGCAAAGCUACCCGGCGCAUGUGA